GAGCCCUUUGCCACUUCCAUGCAAGUGCCCGCCGCUCCCGUGCUACGCGCCCGCCGAUCUCGAUCGCGUCCCGGCCGGCCUAAAUCUUAGGCCCUGCGCCCAAGCGCCCCUCACCGCACGGUCAUUUCCAAUUCCAACUGCCGGCGGCCGAUCAGUCAUCCGCGUUGGCCUGCUAGGAGACGGCUGGCCGAGCUAGCUGUGCGAACCAACUCCUUGACAUGGCGCGCGUGUCUAUAUAUACUGUCCAUCAGCCUGGGUUUUUGGGGGGAUCGCAUUGGCAUUGCAUCCGGUUCGUCGAGGGGAUGGAGAGGGGCAGCGACGAGGUGCCGGGGAAGAAGGCCAGGAAGCCCUACACCACCACCAAGCCCCGGGAGCCAUGGAGGGCAGAGGAGCACGGCCGCUUCCUCGACGCCCUGCUCAUGUUCGGCCGCGAUUGGAAGAAGAUCGAGGAGCACGUCCGCACCAAGACCGCCGUACAGAUACGGAGCCACGCGCAGAAGUACUUCCUCAAGGUCCAGAAGCUCGGCCUGGCCGCCGGGCUGCCGCCGAUGCACCCACGCCGCCGCUUCUCCAUGGAGCAGCAGAGCUCGGCGCCGGCGGCCGGGAGCAGCGCGGCCGCCGUGCCAUUGCUGCACGAGGAGCUCCAGCGCGCGCCGGUCGCCGUGCCGCCAGGUCCGUCCGGCGCCGCCGUUGCUCACGGCUGCAUCAGCUGGAACAGGAACAGCCCCGGAGUUCUCCCUGUAGCCAGCAGCAGUGAGAUGCAACACGGCUUGGACUGGGCAGGUGGUUCAGCUUCAGGUGCUCGAGCAUGGUUGAACAGCGACGCUCAGAGCCAGAGUUCACCACUUCCGGGUGGCAGCCAGUUCAUUGGGGCGCCAAGCUUCAGCAGCACGAGCAUGGAAUGGGCUGGCAGCAGCACAAGUGGAGGAUCAGCAACUGGUUCCGUGCAGGAAGAACUGAUUGAGCUUCCAUUGUCGCCAGAUGAUCUGCAUUUCGCGCAAGUAUACAGGUUCGUCGGCGACGUAUUCGACCCGAACGCGCCGAUCCCAGUUGAAGCCCAUCUGCAGAAGCUGAAGGACAUGGAUGAUAUCACCGUCAAGACAAUCCUGCUGGUGCUGAGAAAUCUCGAGGACAACCUGUCAGCGCCUCAGUUUGAGCCCAUCAGAAGGUUGCUGUCGACGUACGAUCCGAGAAGAGGGCUGUCCGGGCAACUGUAGAGUGCGUAACGUACAGGCGUGCAGCCUGAAAACUGCAACUAACACAUUUGAUGGACGCUCCCCAUGUGACCAAAACAGAGACAGAAACACGCAGAAAUGAUUAGACACCGAUACGGCUUCUAGCCUACUUUACAUGUUAGCAGACUCUAAUGAUUCUUUGGAUCAUGUAGACGUAGCUCAAAGAUCGUAUGUAAAAGGCUCUACUUUUAACAUGUACCUGCAGAUAGCCAAAGUAAUCUAUGCCUGAACUGUAAAUUCCAGGCUACGGAUUUUAUGAAUUUGUCCGAUACA